GUUCCAUCAGCCCAACGUGUGUGACGCUUUACUAGUUGUGACAGUGUCCUCGCGUCCGGUUACGAUAACUUAGAAGCCAUGAACAUCUCAAUGCAAGUGGUGAUCGUGGUAGCGGCGGUGUGCCUGUGCCUCGUAGACGGCGCGCCCGAAGCCCGCAUGACGCGCAAGCAGCAGCGGCCCACUCGCGGCUUCAAGAACGUCGAGAUGAUGACAGCCCGGGGCUUUGGAAAGCGUGACCGACCUUCCGCCCGGACUGAACGCGACGUUGAACAUCAAUCAUCAUCGGAACGAGCGAGUCGCGGAACGCCCACAUUUAAAAGCCCCACGGUUGGUAUUGCGAGGGAUUUCGGAAAAAGAACACCGGAACUGGAACUCGAAGAUAACUAUGACGCACCACGCAAGAUAUUUAGACCCAAGACUAAGCUAAUGGUUGCCUCCGAUUUUGGCAAAAGGAGCAGUUACGAUGAUGUUAAUGAUGAAGAGGUGGAAAUAAGAGUGACCAGGGGCACUUUUAAACCCAAUUCAAACAUACUUAUCGCAAGGGGAUACGGCAAACGAGAUGAGACACGACGCGGUCGAGUAUUUGGUUUGGAGAACAUCUGGGAGUCACUUGAAAAUAUGCCGGAAAAGGACAACCAGGAGAAUGAAGAUAAAGUUAUUGAAAGCAUCCCAGUGGAUUGGUUCGUGAAUGAAAUGCUGAACAACCCGGACUUCGCUCGAUCUGUAGUACGAAAGUUCGUUGACCUCAAUCAGGAUGGCGCCCUCUCUUCGGAAGAGUUACUCAGAAACGUGGUUUAAACAAACGAAAAUGGCUAGUUAA